CAGAAUUGCACAGAACCAUUAAAAAAAAAAAGGCAAAGCAGUGAUCCAAGAGUUGAAUUGAAGGAAUUCUGGGGAGACCUACUGUUUCUUGUGAAAAUCAUCUUUGGUCUUGGAAUUUGAAAGUGAAGCUGGAAAGGAGUUUACAAACAAGGAAAAAAAAAAGAAGCUUGGAAUCGGACUCACAGAAUUUGGGCUUGGAAAUGCCUCAGCCUAGUGUAAGCGGAAUGGAUCCGCCUUUUGGGGAUGCCUUUCGAAGUCACACCUUUUCGGAACAGACUCUGAUGAGCACAGAUCUCUUAGCAAACAGUUCAGAUCCAGAUUUCAUGUAUGAACUGGACAGAGAGAUGAACUACCAACAGAAUCCUAGAGACAAUUUCCUUUCUUUGGAGGACUGCAAAGACAUUGAAAAUCUGGAGUCUUUCACAGAUGUCCUGGAUAAUGAGGGUACCUUAACCUCCAACUGGGAACAGUGGGAUACAUACUGUGAAGACUUAACAAAGUACACCAAACUAACCAGCUGUGACAUCUGGGGGACAAAAGAAGUGGAUUACUUGGGUCUUGAUGACUUUUCUAGUCCAUAUCAAGAUGAGGAGGUCAUAAGUAAGACUCCAACUUUGGCACAGCUUAAUAGUGAGGACUCCCAGUCUGUUUCAGAUUCCCUUUAUUAUCCCGACUCCCUUUUCAGUGUCAAACAAAAUCCCUUGCCCUCCUCAUUCCCUGGUAAAAAGAUCACAAGCCGAGCAGCCGCCCCCGUGUGUUCCUCUAAGACUCUUCAGGCAGAGGCCCCUUUGUCGGAUUGCGUCCAAAAAGCAAGUAAACCCACGUCAAGCACACAGAUCACGGUGAAGACCAACGUGUAUCAUAAUGAAAAGGUGAACUUUCACGUCGAAUGUAAAGACUAUGUGAAAAAGGCGAAGGUAAAGAUCAACCCAGUGCAGCAGAGCCGGCCGUUGUUGAGCCAGGUGCACUCAGACGCUGCAAAGGAGAACACGUGCUACUGUGGUGCGGUAGCAAAGAGACAGGAGAGGAAAGGGCUGGAGCCUCUCCAGGGUCACGCCACCCCUGCCUUGCCUUUUAAAGAAACCCAGGAACUGUUACUCAGUCCUCUGCCCCAGGAGGGUCCUGGGGCCGCGGCAGCAGGGGAGAGCAGCAGCCUUUCUGCCAGCGCUUCUGUCUCCAAUCCGUCCCAGAAGAAAGAAGAGCACAAUUACUCCCUUUUCGUCUCCGACAGCCUGGCUGAGCAGCCCAGCAAAUGCGGUCCUGAAGAAGAUGAGGAGGAUGAGGAGGACGUGGAUGAUGAGGACCAUGAUGAAGGCUUUGGCAGUGAGCACGAACUGUCUGAAAACGAGGAGGAGGAAGAGGAGGAGGAGGAUUACGAAGAUGACAAGGAUGAUGACAUCAGUGAUACUUUCUCUGAACCAGGCUUUGAAAAUGAUUCUGUAGAAGACCUUAAGGAGAUGACUUCAAUAUCCUCUCGGAAGAGAGGUAAAAGAAGAUACUUCUGGGAGUAUAGUGAACAGCUUACACCGUCACAGCAGGAGAGGAUUCUGAGACCAUCUGAAUGGAACCGAGAUACCUUGCCAAGCAACAUGUAUCAGAAAAAUGGCUUACAUCAUGGAAAAUAUGCAGUAAAGAAGUCCCGGCGAACUGACGUGGAAGACCUGACUCCCAACCCUAAAAAGCUGCUGCAGAUAGGCAGUGAGCUGCGCAAACUAAACCAGGUCAUCAGCGACCUGACCCCGGUCAGUGAGCUGCCCUUGACAGCCCGCCCAAGGUCGAGGAAGGAGAAGAACAAGCUGGCCUCCAGAGCUUGUCGGUUAAAGAAAAAAGCCCAAUAUGAAGCUAAUAAGGUGAAAUUAUGGGGCCUCAACACAGAAUACGAUAAUUUAUUGUUUGUAAUAAACUCCAUCAAGCAAGAGAUUGUAAAUCGGGUACAGAAUCCGAGAGAGGAGAGAGGCCCCAACAUGGGGCAGAAGCUUGAACUCCUCAUAAAAGAUACUCUGGGUCUCCCAGUCGCUGGGCAAACCUCUGAAUUUGUUAACCAGGUGUUAGAGAAGACCGCAGAAGGGAAUCCCACUGGAGGCCUUGUAGGACUAAGGAUACCAACAUCAAAAGUGUAAUCACCUUCAUUGGAACACUGGUCAGAAAUGACUGUUUUGGUCAUGUUAGCCGUUGUAAAUUUUCAUUCUGUUUUGCAUGUCAGUUAGCAUUAUGUAAACAUUUAACAAUUAGGUUACAUUGUUUUAAAAACUAAAUAGCAUAAGUGAAGCAUGAUCCAAAAUACUUGAUCAUUACAUU